GGAUCCCACUUGUUAUGCCCACUUUUUGGUAUAAUCCAUCUUCCUUAUAGUGCUUGGGGUUUAAAUUUUGGUGAGGGAGAUCAGAAGAAGAGAAAAAAGAAAAAUGGAAGAACAAGUUGAAUUGGUGGGGAGGGCAUUUGUGGAUCGCUAUUACUACCUGUUUGAUAAUGAUAGAGCUUCACUCUCAUCCCUGUAUAAUCCAACCUCUAUGCUGAGCUUUGAGGGCCAGAAGAUACUCGGAGUUGAGGCUAUAUCUUCUAAGCUUAAUCAGUUGCCCUUUGAACAGUGCAAACAUUUGAUCAGCACCAUUGACUCGCAGCCAUCGUCGUCCACGGGUGGCAUUGUGGUGUUUGUCAGUGGCAGCCUCCAUUUGCCCGGUGAAGAGCAUCCAUUGAGGUUCAGCCAGAUGUUUCAUUUGAUUCCCACCAUUGAAGGAAGCUUCUUUGUGCAGAAUGACAUAUUUCGCCUCAAUUAUGGUUAAUUAGUGCCUGUGAUUUAAGCACUGGGUGUUGCAACCACUAUGAUUAGAUAUAAUUGGUUGGUUGUAUUGAGAGAAUAAUAUUGAAUGUUAGUUUUGUUUUUACUAAGCUGUAUUUGCAAUUAUUUAUUCUCUGGACGCUGAUCCUGAUUUGGUAAUUGGUAAUUCAUUAUCACUGAAAUUGAAUUAUAGAUGCUUGUAUCGUGUAAAACAAAGUUCGAAUCCAAUGGCUGUGACAACUCCAAUUGCAAA